GAUGGAGCAGYUUCUACUGGCGUCGGGAAUUCCGGAAAAAACAGUUCUGAAGUCCAGCUCAUGUGCAACAAAAUAACCUACAACCCUGCAAAAGCCACUUGUUGUGGAGGACAAAACAUAACAGAAGGCCUGAGUGAAAACAUGUCUAAGUGCUGUGGACUGAAGGCGUACAACCCCAUUAAUGAAAUUUGCUGUAAAUCAAACUUACAUGCCAAAAUUUCAGCCAACACCACUUGUUGCGACAAAGAUCCCUUUGAAGAAGACAUGCAUCUGUGUUGUGGUACGGAAAACAACCAGAAACGCAUGACCCGGCUGUCCUCUGACCAUCGGUGCUGCAUAGGCAGAGGGCUCAAGGGCCAGUACAACAGAAAGCUUGAGUGCUGCUGUGAAAAAGAAUACCCACUUGUACAAUUUAAAGUCGCUGAGGGAAAAUGCUGUGUAAAGAACAUCUCUUCGCCCAGCAGCCAGAGUACCGAUGGCAAAUCAAAGGCUGACCUUGGAUAUUUCGAGAAUCCAAAGGAAGGAAAUCUUGGCACGAACGAGACAAAGUGCACCAAUGGAAAUCGAGUAGAAACCUACUUCGAGCAGGAUGGAUUCGAGUGCUGUGGUCACUAUUACUACAACACAUCUCUGUGGUCGUGCUGCAACAAAAGACUCAUUCCACGAAAUAAACAUGGCUGGAGUUUCAUCUUUGCAGGCUCCAACAUCUGUGUGUAAACGGUCUGAAAGAAGCAAACUGCUACAACAGAGAAUGGACCCAUGGAAAGACCUUCCUGUUCAGUGACACUGAAGUCUUCACUGAAGUGAAACUUCUGUCUGCCCUCCAGUUGCUUCUUUUCAUUCUUUGAGUGUUCCCAGUUGGUCACCACUGGUUGGUUUGUUUCUGCCUACUGUGAACACUAAACUGUACUUAGUUAGUACAUGUGAAUAACUGCACUUAUUAAUGACACAACUAUAGCCACAAUAAUAACUUCAGACAUUACUAGUCUGUGCAUCUCAGUCACAUCAAGAACUGAAGUUUAUGACUCAGGUCCAGAUCGUGAUCGCUGUCACAAUCUGAAACUACGAACAGAAGUUUGUACUGUAACAGCUAACAUGGUGCAUGAUGACUUAUUCAUCUUUAUACUGCUAUUCUUUGCAAGUUGGAAAGUAGCAACAAUUCCUAAAGGGUAAAAAAAAGCUAUGCCUGUAUUUACCAGCUAAAAAUCUGUAUUUGUGAUAGCAGGUUCUCUGAAAGAUCAAAAACAAAAAGUUAUUAUAAGCUAAACUGCUGUCAGAUAACACAGUUUGGUAUAGGAAAUAUGCUACUUCUAUUAUACUCUGCUGUUUUUGCACCUUAUUGAUUUUGACUUAUGAAUAUUUAAUAAUAUGUAAUUUGUUAUGACUCCAUCGAUAAAGCUAAAAAAACAAUUACCAUUUAAACAGUUUAAGGGUUUGAUGUGUUCUUUAUUUAAAAGCUAUGCUCAGCUGUUCAACCCAAAAAGCUGAUAUUUUAAAUACCAGUUGGUGCAAAUGUGAUUUAUGUACUGUAAUACAUUUGGUAAUUGUUGAAAUGGAGUUUAGCGCAGAAUGUUUUAAUGUGCAUUACAUUUAUUUUUGUUAAUACACUGCUCAAAAAAAUAA